CAUGUCUAGCGGAGAACGCGUUCGCCGUUUAAAUUUUCGCGCCAUAAAACAAAUAAAUAUCAUGUAUUAAAAAAACAAUACAAUAAUUGUAAUUGUUAAAAAUAUUUAUUGAAAACAAUUUUAUGAACAGAUGAAUAAGAAUUAAGUACAAAGUGGUUUAGUAACGUUGCGAUUACAACCUUAAUUUAACCCAGGAAUAAAAUAUGAUGGCCGUUAAGAAUGCAAAGUUGCUGCUAGUUUUAGGAACAAUCAUCAUCUCAAUCGUCAGUGCCAUAGUCCCGGUGUCAUCAAAUGAAAAUAUCAUAGAGAGUUUCGGGAAGAGAUCAACUAUAAGUACUGGAGGAUCACUGUAUCCUCGGGAGUCACUGACUAGAGAUUUAAGAAGCCUAGAUGGUAUUUGGAAUUUUAGGUUGUCACCUCCAAACGAUCCGUUGUACGGAUUUUUAAAUGGAUGGUAUCUACAAGAUUUAGAGAGGACUGGACCGGUGAUCCCUAUGCCAGUCCCCUCAUCGUACAACGACGUCGGGACGGACGCUGCAAUACGGGACCACACGGGCGUGGUCUGGUACGACCGGCGGUUCUACGCGCCGCAGUCCUGGGAGAACCACCAGAGAGUGUGGCUAAGGUUCGGCAGCGUGCAUUACCAGGCUAAAGUGUUUCUCAAUGGUGUGCAAGUAGCCUCUCACGAGAUUGGUCACCUGCCCUUCCAAGUGGAUAUCACAGAAAGAAUCCUGUACAACAGCACCAAUCUCCUCACCGUGGCUGUGGACAACACUUUGACUCUUACCACAAUACCACAAGAAAAUGGAUACGAUUUCUUUAACUAUGCUGGGAUACAUAGACCUGUGGUCCUUUACACCACACCACUCGUAUACAUUGAUGAUAUUGUCGUCAACACCGAUAUACAAGGAUACACCGGUAUCAUUACAUACAACAUAUCAGUAAGAGGGUCAAGUGACGAAGAGAUCACUUGUCAAGUGGUAAUUUUCGACAAAAACAAGAAGCAAGUAAGCGCGUCGCGGAACUGCAGUGGAGUGAUGGACAUCCCCCAGGCGAAUCUCUGGUGGCCGUACCUUAUGCACGAGAAACCAGGAUAUUUAUACACAUUAACGGCUGCGCUCGUUAACUCUCGGGGUGAACUGGUGGACAUGUAUAGUGAAAAGAUCGGCAUUAGGACCAUAGCUUGGACCAACACGACUGUGUAUCUCAAUGAUGAGCCAUUAUACCUACGAGGGUUUGGCAUGCACGAAGAUUCAGAUUUUCGCGGCAAGGGCUGGGACCCAGUUUUAUGGGUCAAGAACAUGAACCUCAUCAAAUGGAUUGGAGCCAAUACAUUCCGCACUUCCCACUACCCUUACGCCGAAGAGAUCUAUCAAUUGGCUGACGAACACGGUAUUAUGAUCAUCGAUGAAUGCCCCAGCGUCAACGCUGUGAUAUACUCGGACACGAUGUUGGAGAAACACAAGCAAUCGUUAACAGAACUCAUCCGCCGCGACAAGAACCACCCCAGCGUCAUCAUGUGGUCCAUCGCCAACGAGCCGGUGAGCGACAAGGCUAACUGCGACCAAUACUUCAAAAACGUGGUCCUUCAUGUGAAGUCAAUGGACGUAACAAGACCUGUGACAUACGCUCUAGCUAAUCCUAAAGAUAUUGCAGGAAAGCAUCUAGACGUGAUCAGUUUCAACCGCUACAAUGGUUGGUACCACGAUCCUGGAAACAUCGAGAACAUUGCCAAGAGAGUGGAGAGUGAAGCGCGGCAAUGGCAUCAGAAGUAUAACCGAUCUGUUCUCAUGUCCGAGUAUGGGGCCGACACCCUCGCUGGCAUGCAUUAUCUUCCAACGUUCAUGUGGUCAGAAGACUAUCAAGCAUCUUUGAUGUCGGAACAUUUCAAGGCUUUCGACAAGUUACGGCAGACCGGCUUCUUUAUCGGGGAGUUCAUCUGGAACUUCGCUGACUUCAAAACUAAACAGGGUAUCACAAGAGCGGGAGGCAACAAGAAAGGCAUAUUCACACGUGCGCGCCAACCCAAAGCCGCGGCACAUCUACUCCGCGCGCGCUACCUGGCCGUGGCGGCCGCGGACGCCGGGCGCGCGCCGCCGCCCCGCGCGCUCUACGUCAGCGACGGCGCCCCGGCGACACACGGCGAACUCUAGUCGGUACUAAUUCUCAUUCUACCCACAUUAGUUAUUAUUCUGACGGCAGUCAAAACGGUGCAGUGUCUGUGGAUUUGCCGUAUAGGUAAAGCAAGAGUCGAAGACUGCUCCAAGAUUCGCAACAAAAGCGGAACAAAGAAUUAUAUAUAGACCGAUACCGUUAUGAAAAUUUUGAAAAACGAAGCAAAAAACUUAAAGGAUAAGUGAUGCCGAUUGUGAAAAUUUGGACAACUCAUUUUUUCAAAAGUAUGGGUAAUUGUUAAUUUCGUAAACAUGACAUAAGUGAUUUAACUAAGUAGUUUAUGUUUAUUAUUAGGAGGAGAAUGUUAGUAUUCAGUAUUCUACUUUAUUACUCUUUUAAAUACUUGGCGAAUAAUACCUCUCUCUGUUCAUAAUAUUGUCCAUAAUAUCUUCCUUUUCACCUAGUUAACCUGAUAUUUUUUUGUAAAUAAAACAUCUACCUAUCAAGUUCAAUUUUUUUUAUGUUACCUAAUCAAAUUAUUGUACAGUCAGUGAUCAAGUACAUACAUAUUUUUAUCUUUAUUCAAUGGAAAGGCACAAGUUGUUUUGUUAAAAUGAAAAAUGUUGUAAUGAAAUAAGCCAACGCAGGUAAUAAGUUAUUUAGACCUUGGUUAUCGUACAUGUUGGUUACCCCUUUUAAGGCAGUGUUCACUAGUCAAGCUUUAAAAGGUCUUAGGUACAUAUCGGAUAAGAAUUAAAAACUAACAUAUUUUAACAUAUGCGACCCACACAGGCUUUUCUAGAUUUACCUACGUAUAGUAUAGGUAUGAACAUUAACUUAUUGAAAACAACCUGCUAGUGCCUACUGUAUCUAUAAAAUGUAAAAAUAGCAAUAUAUGGACACAUACACAUGCAAAACUAUUUUUUGUUUUUAUGUUUUAUGUACGUAGGUACCUAUGUAAAACAUGUAGAGUUAGAGUAAAAAUGCCUGCUGGCCUAUAGGUACAGGAUAUCUCAUAACUAUGUUACUUGCCUUCUCAAUUUAGUUGAUACAAAAAGACUGCAAUUUGUUGUUGUCUCAAGAUGAUACUGAAAAUGUAUAAUAGAAAUAAAGUAACUAAUGGACUGACGCCAGCACGAACACUUUAUAUUGUAAUUUGUCAAUUAGUGUCAUAAGUACCUAA